AGAAUAUUUUCACACUGGCAGGCCUUGAGUAUAUAAGUUGGCCUUGGUCUGAGCCACAUUUGCCUAGGGUAACCUUUACUUCUUCUCCUUAGAAAUUCUUUGGUUCGAUUUCCUAUGAGUUUACGCUAAGAAUUUCAAACUGUCAGUUUCGGCAUAAUCGGUGGCAAUAAUUCGUGGCACGGCAUUUAAAUUGUUAGUAAUAGGGCUUGUAAAAAUUUUAAUGUAAAUAUUUAUACUUUGUUUUGAGCUGAAUUGUGUGGUUUAACCUUACAUAUAGUAUACUGUAAUAAGAAAUACGAAAUUCCGAAGCUGUUUGAAAAAUGUAUUAAAGUGGAUUUGAUACAUCUUUUAUUGUAUUUCAUUGACGCCAUUUAAAUGGAAUGGUGGUUGAAGGCAUAACCGAAUUAGUGGAAAUUGUAUUGCAUUAUAUAUUGUACGUUCGUGAUGUUUAUCCGAAAGCUGCUUUCGAGAAAAGGCAACAAUAUAAUUUGCCUCUAUGGAAAUGUGUGCAUCCUGGAGUGUGCAGUUAUAUUCAUAAAUUUAUGGAACUGGCAACAGAAUUUUUGGAAAGAACAACAGAAAUUAGAUGUAGUUUUCACAGUCCUUGGAACAUUAGGUCAGCGAUAUGAAGAGUUUGUAUUUGAAAUUGAAGUUAUGGAGUCUGACAUGAUAAAUGAGACUUUGGCCCGCUAUUGUGAAACUACAUUAACUAACAUCUGCCUCAAUAUUAAUACCUGCGAUUCACUGAAAUUAUAUUCUGAUGAUUUUUUUUUUUUUUAAAUGCUGAUAACCAUG